AUGCCAGGCUACCAGCAUUCCAGCCGACCGGGUGCAGGACAUGGGAAAAAGACAACUGAUGAACUUGCUCCUUUUGGGUGCUAUUUCAUUCCCCACUGCUGGCAUGCUGGUUCCUUAUGCUUUUUUCUUUGCACCCGUGGGUCAGGAGGUGCUGGGGGUGGUCAAGUGGCCAAGGAUGCCCUUGGUAAUGAUGUAAUAGCAUCAGCGUGGCUAAAAAACCAUGGACCUGGUGACAGAACCCUUACUCAAGGCUUGAAGGGAGAUCCGACCUACCUGGUCGUCGAAAAUGACAGAACACCAGCAACCUAUGGUAUAAAUGCAGUGUGCACACAUCUAGGAUGUGUUGUGCCAUGGAAUGCUGCAGAGAACAAGCUCAUUUGUCCGUGCCAUGGUUCUCAGUACAACAAUCAAGGCAUGGUUGUUAGAGGACCUGCUCCUUUGAUGUUGAUGAUGGAGAAGUUGUGUUUAUUCCACGGGUUGAAACUGAUUUCAGAACAGGAGAUGCUCCAUGGUGGGCUUGAAGUCUUCAUAUUGAAGAUUUUGCUUUGUUUUCUACAUUUCCAUUUAAUUCAGGAAUACAGAAAACUUCAAUCGAAGAAAAAUGGUAUACAUGUGCAAAUUGACCAUGUUAUUAUUUUCUUACCUUUGAUCGUUAUGCCUUGUUCGAGGAAAUGA